UUGAAAUUUUUCAGGGUUAUAGGAUCUAAUUAGGAACAGUUAGUUCCCUUUUUGAGAUCCGAGAAUAAUUGUGAAUUAUGACUAAAAAAUUUCGCGAUAUUAUCAUUGGUUUUUAAGUUAGGAUUACAAUAAAUUUUCUUGAACACAGUUGCUACAUAUACUUCAUAAUUUUUAGUUUUUAUCUUGAUAUGAAUCAUUUUAUUAUUCCAGCAUUUAAAAUGGAGCAUUUUUCGAUGCUAAAUCGGAUUCUUGUUGGCCAACAAAACAUCGAGGCAAUGCUGACAGACGUUAAACGUCAAACAGGCGCCCCAUCUAGAGAGCCACUGCCAGAGGGAGCGCCUCAGUUGCCCCUAAAAACUGAGGCAGAAAUAUUUGGACUUGAGAAAAUGAACAGAUCCUCCCUCAUGAGUCAUUUGGCCUUGAUUGGCGGCAAAGACGUCGAGAAAGCCACACGGAAUUUAAUGGGGCGCAUCUUCUCAAAAGAUGUUGCCCCGUUAUUAAAUUGGGCUGGGAGAGGAGGGAAGAUGGCUUUUUCCACCCUCCUGAUUAAGGAUGUUGUUGUUGGUUAGGGAGAAAUUCUGGCAGCCCUUAGAAGAUUUUUGAUCUAAA